AUGUCUACCAAGACUGCCGUCCUUACCGACAAGGCGCCGAAACCUUUGCCCGGAAUAUACAGCCAGGCCAUCAAGGCAAAUGGCUUCGUCUUCGUCUCGGGCGCUGUCCCCAUGGACCCCAGCACCAUGGAGAUUGCCAGCGGCGACAUAAAGGAACACACUCGCCAAUGCAUCAAGAACCUCGCUGCCAUCCUGGAAGCCUCCGGCUCUGACCUGACCAAGGUCGUGAAGGUCAACGUCUUCCUCUCCAAUAUGGACGAUUUCGCCGCCAUGAACGAGGUCUACUGUCAAUACUGGGGUGAUGUGAAACCCUGUAGGACCUGCGUCGCUGUGAAGACGCUACCACUGGAUGUCGAUGUAGAGAUCGAGUGCACUGCUAUCUAUUAG